AUGCCUUCGGGAGAUGGCAAUCACACUGGCCAUGGCAUUGCGAGCACCAAUGUCGCUCUUGCCGACGAGGUCGAAGCCUUGAACUCCAUUUACGGCUCGGAUACCAUUGUCCUUCAAUCACCUACCGGCCCUUCUGUCACCGGGGUCCUCCGCAUCCCGGGCUCUGAGCUCUCCUUGCUCAUCUCCUUCCCUGUGGAGUACCCUGAUGUGCCUCCUGAGAUCUUAAAAACACAGUCGACGGGCGACAGUGGGCGGAAAGGGGAAGGGGAGGUCGCCGUCCACAUCCUCCGUGACGUGCUGGCACGGGUGUGGAUCGAGGGCCAGGUGUGUCUGUUCGACUUGGCCGAGGAGGCUGGUCCUCUGCUCUCCCAAAGGCACCAUGAGGGCGAACACGGUUCAGCUGCGCCGCCUCCGGCCGUCGUCGAGCAAAGCCCUCCGCACGCGCAUAGGUCUGCUGCCUCCUCAUCCUCGCACACGCACCACGAUGGCUACGAGCCCUACUCCUCCUCCUCCUCCUCCGCCGCCGCCGCGAUGGACGUACCCUCUAACGCCGCCACAGCUACCUCCUCCGCCGCAGAUACCCCUCCACCGAACUGGACGCUGUCCGAGCCCCUGACGGUCAACCGCUCCACGUUCGUUGCGCGCGCCUGCCCCGUGCACUCCCUGCCCGAGGCGCAGGCGUCCCUGUCCCACCUGCUCGCCUCUAACAAGAAGGUCGCCAGUGCCACGCACAACAUCAGCGCCUGGCGCAUCCAGUCUCCGAACGGGCAGACUGGCGCCGUCAUCACGGUCCAAGACUCGGACGACGACGGCGAGACCGCGGCCGGCGGCCGCCUCCUGCAUCUGAUGCAGCUCAUGGAUGUGUGGAACUGCAUGGUCGUGGUCACCCGGUGGUACGGCGGGGUCAAACUCGGACCCGACCGGUUCCGGCUCAUCAACCAGGUCGCGCGCGAGAGUCUGGUCAAGGGCGGGUUCGCGAAGGACCAUGCCGAUGACAAGGAGAAGCAGACGACGGGCAGGUCGAAAGGAGGGGUUAAAGGCAAGGGAAAGAAGUGA